UGGGCUUUGACUAGGUGACCCAGCUUUUGAAGAAAGUUUCUACUAAACAUUUGUCAUAUUAGUGUAAUUUGAAAGCAAUAUUACAGUAACGCGUGAUGUGUUAUUGAAUUGUCUAUUAUUGUUAUUUAAAUGUGUUAUAAGUUAACGCAAUGAGUAAUGACCCGCAAGUUGCAGAGCAAGAUUGCGCAGUUUGCUUACAAAAAUGCCAUCAUCCUACCCAGCUUCCUUGUGGACACAUCUUUUGUUUUCUUUGUGUAAAGGGAGUUGCAAUUCAGAAUAAAAAGUGUGCAAUGUGCAGAGCAGAAAUCCCACCUGAUUAUUUGGACCAUCCAGUACUCUUAGAGAAAGCUUCCCCUCAAGCUAGUUCUGAGGAAGUGAAUGAAGGCUACCAAUGGUAUUAUGAAGGAAGGAAUGGGUGGUGGAAAUAUGAUGAGAGGAGUAAUAUUGAAUUAGAAAAUUCAUAUAAUGCUGGAAGCCCUGAGUGUACAUUACUACUAGCUGGAGCUGUGUACAGAAUAAACUUUCAAAAUAUGGUACAGAUGCGACAGAAUGAUAGGACCAGGAGACGCAGAGUUCAGAGAGACACCCCUGCACUGCCAGCCAAAGGUAUUGCUGGUAUAAAAAUUGAUAAUCCCACUAAUGAAGCUAAGAAUGAAUCGGAGACUUCAAACACUAUUGAUCUAACCAGCAAUGACAACAGUAAUGAUGCUGAACCAGUGGAGAUUGUAGAUAGUGAUGAUGGUGAAGUCAGUGAGGUCACUUCUCAAGAUAAUGAAGUCAAUGAAUUAGUUCACAGAACCAGUGCAAUCAACUUAGUGGAUCCCACCAGGCAUGCAAAUGAGGACACAUGAUUUAAGACAUACCUAUGGUUAUUAGCCUUUAAAGGUAUUGGUCCUAAAUAAUACAGUAGAAUCCACUUACUAUGAUUAUGUUUAAAAUUAUCUCCUGCAUAGUAUUUAUGU